AUGGCUUUAUCACUGGAGCAAGAGGAUGAUACUCCGUUCAUCAUGCCCAGUUAUCUGAAAUACUGCUCAAGCGAGAGGAAUGUAAUGAGUAAAAUAGGAAGAACUCUCAGCCCAGAGUGUCAAAACAUGGCGGAUCUCAUUCUGGACAUUCCAAGGAAGUGGCAAGUGUAUGAUCAAGUAAGAGGAGUAGCCUUGACGAAGGAUAGGUUUCAGUUCAUAUUAAAAUAUGAACACGAUUUGGAAGAGGUUUUGAGGAAAAGGAUCUGCAAUAUACUGGUGAAUAAUUAUAUAGAGGCGGCUAUAUACGACCUUGCUGAUCUAGUAGGUGAAGUCAAAGAACUUGCCUUUGAUCUUGAGAAACCCCAGAGCAAAGAUUACGUGCGGGUAAAGGUUAAUUUCGACAUCUCAAGGCUAGUAAGAAGAUCCAAAGCGGUAAUCCUCCCAACGGGUAAAACUACCACGGUGUGGUAUGACUUCGAGAGGAUUCACAAACACUGUUACGCAUGUCAAAGACUUACUCACGAGAAGGAUAGAUGCCCGCUAUUAAUUAAGAUGAAAAAGGACAAAGCUGUUGUACGAAGACAGAGUAUCACUGCUGCGAAUCAGAGUAAGGAACCGACUUUGACGGAGGGUGAUCCAUUGUCUGGAGAAUUUACAGAAGAUCAGGUGGGUACGUGA